GUCAGUUGCAGUGCAACGAUCGAAGGAAUCCUCUUCCCGGUUUGAUCUUUCGAAGCCACUUCGGCUGUGCAACUCAAAACGUUUUGUAGUUAUUUUUCCGUUUGAUUAAAGAGAUCACAAAGAGACAAAGAAAUUCUACUGAGGUAUUCAAAGUUUUAACAGGCUGCAGGGUAUAAUAUUUAGUUGCGUGAAUCAUCCAAAAUUGGUGUGAUCUGGGGCUUUUGUGAUUACUGCAAGCCGUCAUUAGAAGAUCGGGGAACGAGGAGACAUGGCGAGCAGUGGAAAUAAAGAAAAUCGCAAGAUCUUUGCUAUGCCGGCACCGGUAACAACAGUGGGCGGAAUGGUGCCUAGUUCCGUCCCUAACCAAUUGUUGAAAACAAACAGUCAGAAAAAUGCUACGGUGCCUCAAACGGCUGGCGUAUUUAAAGCGCCGCAGCUCCAACCUCCUCCUGCCGUUGUGUCGGCCACUGGCGCAAGCAAAGUAAAGACUGAGACAAAGACUGAAGAGAAACGCCCAGAAGGUCCCCAGGUUACGGUGCCCAGCGCAACGGGCAACACAGUAUCUCAGACGGCAGACACAGGAGCAUCCGGAUCCGGGCAGAAAUCUGGAUCGGCAAAAAAGGGAUGGACGUUGAGCAACUUCGACAUUGGCCGACCGCUGGGUAGAGGGAAGUUUGGAAAUGUAUAUCUCGCUCGGGAAAAAGAAACCAAGUUUGUCAUAGCACUAAAAGUGCUUUUCAAGAAACAGGUGAAGUCGCAAGGCAUUGAACACCAGGUUCGGCGAGAGAUAGAAAUCCAGUCCCACUUACGACACCCAAAUAUUCUACGCAUGUAUGGCUAUUUUCACGAUGAAAGCCGUAUCUACCUCAUCCUGGAGUACGCCCAGGGUGGUACACUUUUCAAAGCGCAGCAACAGCAGCCCGGCAAACGUUUCCCGGAGAAGCAGUGUGCCAUCUAUGUAAACUCUCUGGUUUCCGCUUUGAUUUAUCUACAUGAGCGAAAUGUCAUUCAUCGCGAUAUAAAACCGGAAAAUCUACUGCUCGGCCACGGAGGUGAGCUGAAAAUAGCCGACUUUGGUUGGUCGGUGCAUGAGCCGGCAUCGUCGCGGACCACCCUAUGCGGAACACUGGACUACCUAUCGCCGGAGAUGGUUCAGGGACAGCCGCAUUCGAAAACGGUCGACCUGUGGAGUUUGGGCGUGCUAGCAUACGAAUUGUUGUGUGGAAAGGCCCCAUUUCUGGCCAGUACCUACGAAGAAACCUAUCGGAAGAUUAUGCGAGUGCAGUACACCGUACCGAAUGAUGUGUCGAAGGCGGCUGGUCACCUUAUAUCCAAGCUGCUCGUUAGAGAACCGGCCAACCGUAUGCCUUUGGAAAAUGUAGCUAUUCAUCCGUGGAUACAGCUGCACGUGGACAAAAAGUAAACGAGUGCCAUUAGUUUUCUUAUUUUAUUAGCUGUAUUAUGAAUUUUGUCACUCAAUUGUACUUUUAACGAUUUAUGCGCAAUGUUGUUAAGCAAAUAGAAACCGGAAGCUGAAGCUACUCAAAAUAAACCUUCGUUUCGGAAGCGGA